UAAUAGAACCAGCAGCUGUACAACUACUAAAAAUAAGUUGGCAGCACUAAAUGGCCAAUAAUAUAAAUAGUUCCACAAAAUCUUAAGCAGAGGAAUAUAUUGCCAUCAAGGAUCAAGGACAUCAAGGGAUGCUGAGAAGGAUGAACACCAUUAGUGGUCAAGGUCUGGCCGCUGUGGUCAAGGAGCUGGAGAACUAUGCUCCGACUUCAUGGGCGGAGAAGUGGGACAACGUGGGACUCCUGAUUGAACCACACCGCGAAAAGCAAAUCAAGAAAAUACUAUUAACUAACGAUUUAACCGAGCCCGUAGUGAACGAAGCGCUGGAGAAGGAGGCACAGCUCAUAAUCAGCUAUCAUCCACCCAUUUUCAAGCCCCUGACAAGGAUUACGCAGUCACAUUGGAAGGAGCGCGUGGUGGCCGCAUGCUUGGCCAACGAUAUAGCCUUGUACUCACCCCAUACGGCUUGGGAUAAGAAGAGUGGUGGGGUCAACGACUGGCUGUCUAAGGCAGUGAAUGUCCUAAACAUUCGCCCUCUGGAACCGGAGUUGGGUGCUCCUCCGGGUACGGGAUCCGGUAGAUAUGUUGAAACAAAAAUGGAGCUUUUCCAGGUGGUGCAAUCUUUGCAAAAGCAUAUUGAGAACAGCGUGCACGUUGCUUUAGCUGUGGGCCACAAUCCCAAGACAGUCAUCCAAUCCGUCGGCAUUUGUGCCGGUUCUGGAGCAUCUCUACUGAAGGGUAUCCAAGCGGAUCUAAUCAUCACCGGCGAAAUGUCCCAUCACGAAGUUCUGGAUUUUACUCACAACAAAACAACCGUCCUACUCUGCAAUCACAGUAAUUCGGAAAGAGGUUUUCUCUAUGAGUUUUGCCAAGUAUUGGCUAAUUCCCUUAAUGGACAAUGCCUGGUAUAUGUAUCUGCAGUGGAUAAGGAUCCUUUGGUCACCGUGGCUAGCGAUGUAAACAAAGACCUGAGUGAAUUUGUUGACGUCUACAAACAUUAAGCAAUGGAUAUCAAAAGAACUGCAAAGUUGUAAAAUGUAAAGUUCAACUUUAUACCUUUGAUCUUAAAAGCAUUUUUGUUUGUUUAACAAUGCAUUUUCUGGCAUCCACAAAAGAUUACAAAUAAACUAAAGGAUUUAACUUUCUUAA